GGGAGUCACUCACCACCGCCGCCGCCAUCCCCACCGCCAUCCUCCUCCUCCCCGGUGCCGUGCACCCUCAGCCCGCCUCCUCCUGCCGCUGCUUCCGCUCUCCGCGGUGCGUAGCGAGGGGGCGGGCGGGGAGGCACCGCCCCGGCCCCGCCGCCCUCACGGGACCCGCGGCCGUGCAGCUACGAGCACUCUCUGGAGACAUGGACCACUCAGCGCAUCCAUCCGGGCUCCUGGAAGCCUCUGAUGUUGGGUCUCAGAAGGAGAGAGUGGUGACAGAGGAGGAAUGGCUAGAAAAAUGGGAAAUGGGUAACAUCGGGUUUCACAAGGAAGAAGGGCAUCCGCUCCUCCAAAAGUAUCUGGAUGUUCUUUUAAAUGGCAGGAGUGGACUGAGGAUAUUUUUCCCACUUUGUGGUAAAGCAGUAGAGAUGAAAUGGCUGGCGGACAUGGGGCACAGCGUUGUUGGUGUGGAAAUCAGUGAACAAGCAGUGAAGGACUUUUUUUCAGAACACAGUCUGCCUUACUGUGAGGAGCCAGUCCCUGAGAUUUCAGGAGCAAAACUGUUCCAGAGUACCUCUGGCAACAUUUCCCUCUACUGCUGCAGUAUUUAUGAUUUGUCCAGCUCAAUAGUUGGCAAGUUUGAUGGGGUUUGGGACAGAGGAGCUCUUGUAGCCGUGAAUCCAUGUGACAGACAACGCUAUGCCAGUUUGAUGAUCAGCCUAGUGGAGAAAAAUUCUUCUUAUCUCCUUGUUACAGUUUCAUAUGAUCCAAACAAACACAAAGGCCCGCCAUUUUAUGUUCCUGAAUCUGAAAUUAAAAGUUUGUUUGGCAACUGCUGUGAAAUUAGGUGUCUUGAAAAAGUUGAUGGCUUCUCGGAGAGGCACAAACAAUGGGGACUAGAUUAUUUUCUGGAGCCAUUGCAGGUCGAUGCUGUCUGCCUGGCAUUCUGCAACUCAGCCUCACCGACCGGCAGCCCUGGGAGUGUGGCAGCUGCAGUUCAAACACUGUUUAUGGGGCACUGGCUGCGUACCAGACUGGGCAGAGAGGUGGGAAGGUGCUGCAAGUUGGUCCUCUCCAUCCCUGUGAAUAUAUGUCAAGUGAAGAGUUGUCAGUGAGUGGGCAAGUCAAGGCAGCAGCUGCCAAGAGGAAAUUACCAUCCAGGAAGCAAGGCUGGAGGGAAGUAGAUGGAUGAUGGGAAGGAAUGGGUGGGAAAUGUCCUGAGAGCACCUGAUGUUAUUGCUAAACCAUUCUCCAUCAUAUCUGAAAGGUCACGGAAUACGGGAGGGGUGCCUGAGGACCUCCCAUUUUCCUUUUUUGGAGGAAAACCAAUGUUGCUUCAGUCUUGAAAAAGUGCAAGAAGAAGGACCUAGGAAAAUAUAGGCCAGUCAAUCUCACCUUCAUCCUUGGAACAACCCAUCCUGGAUGUCACCUCUAAGCAAGUGGAGGAAAAGGAGGUUAUCAGCAGUAUUUCACCAAGGGAAAUGGGCUGGGUUAGUGGACAGUGAGGUAGAUUGAGUGACAGAGCUCAGUGUUGUGAUCUAGUUGGAGGGCUUUAGCAAGGAGUGUUCCCAGGGGUCAGUACUGGGUCCAAUCUUGUUCACCUUAUUAAUCAGUGACCUGAAUGAAGGGACAGUGUGUACCUGCAAUAAGUUUGAUCAUGAUACAAAACUAGGAGGAGUGGCUAACACACCACAGUGCUCUGCAGCCAUGCUGCAACACCUGCACAUGCACAGGAGCCGGGCAGAGAGGAACACAGUGAUGUUCAGAGAAGGCAAGUGCAGGGUCCUGCACCUGGGGAAGAAAAACCCAGGGCACCAGCACAGGCUGGGGCCUGACCUGCUGGAAAGCAGCUCUGCAGAGAAGAACCUGGGAGUCCAGGUGGUCAAGUUAGCCAGCAGUGUGCCCUUGUGGCCAAAAAGGCCAGUGGUAUCCUGGGGUGCCUUAGGAAGAGUGUGGUCAACAGGUUGAGGGAGGUGAUCCUGCCCUUCUAUUCAGCCCUGGUGAGGCCACAUCUGGAGUGCUGUGUCCAGUUCUGGGCUCCUCAGUACAAGAGAGACCUCAGCAUGGAGCAGGUCCAGGAGAGGACCAUAAAGAUGGCUGGGAGACUGGACCAUCUUGCUUAUGAGGAAAGGCUAAGAGAGCCAUUGUUUAUCCUGGAGAGGAGGCAACUGAGAAGGGACCAUCAAUGCUUACAAAUACAGAAUCACAGAAAUUCUAGGCUGGAAGAGACCUUUGAGAUCAUCGAGUCUAACACCUCAACUAGAUCAUGGCACCAAGUGCCACAUCCAGUCUUUUUUUAAACUCUUCGAGGGAUGGUGACUCCACCACCUCCCUGGGUAGAUGAUUCCAGUAUUUGACCACUCUUUCU